UUUAAUCAUUUGCGGUAGUUAAGUGACUUUACGACACUUCUGAAUACCUUUACGGCAUCCCUUGGUCACACGUGUUGUCAUUGCAUGGGAGACUAUCGGAGUAAAUAGCUGCAGUUAACCGAUCGCAUUUGAUUUGAAGGAAAAUGUCUUUCAGAGGAGGCGGUGGACGAGGAGGCAGAGGUGGUGGAGGAUUUAGCCGAGGUGGUGGAGGUGGAUAUGGAGGAGGCAGAGGAGGUGGUGGAUUUGGAGGAGGAGGAAGAGGAGGUGGAUUUGGACGUGGUGGUGGCGGCGGCAGAGGUGGUUUUAGACAACAAGAUUACGGACCUCCAGAAUAUGUUGUUGGGUUGGGAGAGUUUGUGCAUCCAUGUGAAGAUGAAAUUGUGUGCAAGUGUACAACAGAGGAAAACAAAGUUCCCUACUUCAACGCCCCAGUUUAUUUAGAAAACAAGGAGCAGAUCGGGAAGGUGGAUGAGAUAUUUGGGCAGCUCCGUGAAUUCUAUUUUUCAGUCAAACUUUCUGACAACAUGAAGGCGUCUUCCUUUAAGAAAAUGCAGAAGUUUUAUAUAGAUCCAAUGAAGCUCCUCCCGCUGCAGAGAUUCCUCCCCAGGCCACCAGGAGAGAAGGGGCCGCCCAGAGGAGGCCGAGGGGGUAGAGGUGGAGGAAGAGGCGGUGCUCGUGGAGGUGGUUUCCGAGGUGGCCGUGGUGGAAGCUUUGGAGGUGGAAGAGGUGGAGGAGGAUUCGGAGGCAGCCGUGGUGGAGGUGGAAGAGGCGGCGGAGGGGGCUUCAGAGGAAGAGGAGGUGGAGGAGGACGUGGAUUCAGAGGUUCAAGAUGAUCUGACAGUGAUGGUCUGGUGUCAUCCAUGUUUUGUGCUACACAAGCAAGAAGGCUGCAUCUAUGCCAGUGCGUUGGCUGUUGGACUCAGAAUAUGGACAUUGCCUCUCUUUGUAGAACUUGAAUGGAUUUUCUCUUUGCUGUUCCAUUUAUUUUUUUAUAAGUCUUGAAUAUGUGAUGAAUUCUUUGUUUUUAAAGGUUCAUAUGUAUGCGUGUGUAAAUCAUAAUGAGGACCUUUGAACCUUCAUGGAGACUUUUAUGUACAGGCUUAUCAUUAUUCUGGGCUGAUACUUUUCAAAUGUUUGGCAAGGAGAUGUUUGUAUUUUGACUAAGAUUUCAAGAAAUGCAAGCACAAACCUCAGUGUAUUAUUUCCUCCAAUAUGGAAAAUGUGUGGAAAAUGUUUAUAUGCUUCUAGUUGAAAACAUUUUAAUGCCCCUCAUUUGUAAAAGCUUAGGCAGAAUGUUGUCCCAUUUUUGUUAAAAGCCUUGAUUAAAAAAAAAAAGCUUUGUAA